AAAUUGGUGCAUUUAAUGGUCCAUCUGUUCGGAUCGUGAAGGCUCUGCCUGCUUGUCCCUCCUUUUUUGUUUCCAACUUUGUCAUCGUCUAACAAACUCACGCGUCUCAUUUUUCUCCAACCCCCAAAUCUCUAGCUCUCUGAUCUCUGAGACUACCAAAAAAAUGGAAAAGAAAACACAGGAACUCAAGAACCAGAGUCAGAGCCAGGAAUCAUUGAAGGAUCAUCGUAAGGUGUGGGACUGUGGGAGCACACUCUAUGACUCGUUCGAGCUCAACUCGUUGAAGCGUCAGCUGGACUCGGCUAUUGUUUCCAGAACCUUGUCCAUGCCUCAUAUUUCUGACCGCCGAUUCGACAUCGUUCCUCCUCCAAUACCAAAGAAAUCGUCGAAGAUUUCUCGGUCGCUGAAUCGGCUCAUCAAAUCUAUUUUCUCAAAAUCUAAUAAGCAAGAGCGGUCGCUGCAAGAUCCAUGCUAUGUCGUUUAUGAUAAGUCAGGGGCACUUACGACUAUUCCUGAAGUACCGGAGAUUGAUUACGGUUUGUUUUCACCGGAGAUCGAGUACUCGAGCUUGGUGACGAAAACGGCGUCGGAUAGGUUCAAGGCUGCUCCUAUUAUCGGUAUUUCAUGUGCCUAAUAUAUAUUUAAUUAGGAUCUCGAAAUUAAUAUGUGGUUUAAUAAUUACGUGAUGAUGUAUAAAAAUAGAUAUAUUUUGUGAUCUUGUGUUCAUAGUGGGAAGUCUAUGUACGUUUGCCAACAAAAAAUGUGAACGUGUUGCUUUAGUUAGUGGGUUAA